CUAGUUGUUUAAUGUUUGAUUGGUUUGAUACGAAAUGGUGAAACCAAUCAGUGAUAGUCAAGCACUUGGAUUAAUUAAAAAAUCGGUAAAAAAAAUUGUUUUUAAUUAAAAAUAAUGUUUUCCUAACAACUAUAUCAAAUGUAACUUUGAAAAAUAUCGUAUCACUGCUUUUGCGUAUUUUAUGCAGUGAUUUUAUCUAGCAAAUCGACGCAUGGAGUGCUGUGGAUGUGUGAGUUCUGUGGACUUACGAAUUUGCUAUUAGAUUUUAUUGUAUUAUAUUACAAACGAUUUACUGCAACUUAUUAAUGAAAUUUUAGUUGGAAUUAAUUUUUAAGUGUAUCACAAUUUUAAAUAUAAAAUAUUUUUGCGCAACAAUGCGAAUUGUCUGUAAUAUUCGUGCAAGUGAAAUGUGUUACAUAACCUAUUGACGCCGGCAACAAGUACUUUCGAACAUUUAAUAAAAAGUCUGUCUUAAAUUAACUUUUUUAGUUAAUUCAUAUAUUUAUCUUAUAUUUUGAGACAGUGAAGCCAGAAUAAUAGCUUUAAUCGUGACGUCACAAUGUGUGGAAUAUUUUGUUCUAUACAUCAAUCUAGGAAUGAAUCCGAAUCCUCUAAACAGUGGAAUUUAUGCAAAGAGCUAGUAACAGCUCGAGGACCUGAUUAUUUAAAAGAAACACAUGUAUCAUUAAGUCAUGAUUGGCAUGGAUACUUUGCUGCUGCUGUAUUAUGGAUGCAAGGUCUAGAGAUGACACCACAGCCAAGUUUAGAUAAUAGUGGUAACUUAUUACUUUGGAAUGGAGAUCUUUUCUCAGGUUGUUUGGCAAAAGAUGAUGUCUGCGACACAAAUAUAAUAUUGGAUGAAUUACAAUCAACUACAAAUAUUAUACCAGUACUUCGGAAGAUUGAAGGCCCUUACAGCUUAGUAUAUUAUCAGAAGUCAAGUAAUAUGCUGUACUUUGGACGAGAUAUCAUUGGACGUCAUAGCUUGCUUUUAAAAGUUGACAACGAAGCUAAUUCGUUGAUGUUAACUUCAAUUGCGAAUAAAAAAAUGAAAGGAAUUAUAGAGGUACCAGCUAUAGGUAUCUUUGUAAUGAAUUUAAAUAAUUCACAGAUAAAUUUAGCAUGUUAUCCGUGGAAAGAACCUGAUUUAAGGUUUACAGAUGUUAUUGAAGCAUUAGAAACAAAUUUAAAUGUAGAUAUAAAUAUUAAAGAAACUAUAUUGGACAGUCAUUCAUUGAUCAAUUUGCAUUUACAUCCUGAUCCGAGAGAAUUGGCAUAUCUAGAAAACAUACCGUAUAAUAAAGACUUUAACAAGACAUUACAUUACUUGUUGGAAAAUCAAGAAAUAAAUGAAAGAGUUACGUGCUUGACAGAACUCUUGCAUCAAUCGGUAAAAAUCAGAGUGCAGAAAAAACCAAAUUAUUGCAAGGACUGUAUAAAGAUCGUGUUAAAUAAUGGAAGUAUCACUUGCACUCAUUCCAAGAUUGGUAUAUUAUUCUCUGGUGGCUUAGACUCGGCAAUCUUAGCAGCGAUUGCUGACAAAUAUGUUCCGGAAAAUGAAAGUAUAGAUCUCAUUAAUGUUGCAUUUGAAAAACCCGUAAGUAACCAGAAAGUAAGUCAUACGAAUGGCGAGAAGGAGAAUGUAAUCCAGAAAUAUGAUGUGCCAGACAGGAAAACCGGGCGACAAACGUAUUCGGAGUUGUUACGAAUUUGUCCCAGCAGGAAGUGGAAUCUCGUAGAAUGUAAUAUCACGCAAGUGGAACUGCAGUUGUAUCGUGCCUCACGAAUUUGUGAUUUACUGCAUCCGUUGUGUACAAUUCUGGAUGAGAGUCUAGGAUGCGCCAUGUGGUUUGCAAGUCGCGCGAGGGGCGUUCUCUAUCCAGUUAACGAAACGUACGAGUCGCCGUGCAGAAUAUUGUUCCUGGGCAUAGGCGCGGAUGAAUUAUUUGGCGGUUACAUGCGACACAGAACUGUAUUGCGGCAUAAAGGAUGGGACGCGCUGGUGCAAGAAUUAAAUGUCGAAUUGGCUAGAAUUUCGGAGAGAAAUUUAGGCCGGGACGACCGAGUCGUUUCUGAUCAUGGCAAACAGUCCCGUUUACCGUAUCUGGACGAAAAUCUAGUGGAAUACGUGCAACGUAUAAAACCAUGGGACAGGUGCUAUCCAACUGAGAAAAUGCCGACUGGAUUAGGAGACAAGCUGCUGUUACGUUUGUUAGCCUGCAAGAUUGGUUUUCAAAGUACAGCAAAUUUUCCUAAAAGAGCUUUCCAAUUUGGCUCGCGAAUCGCAAAUAGCAAAGAAAAUGCCAACGAUGUAUCAAAUAGAUUGUAUAAACUGUGAGAAGUAAUAAAUCAUAUAUUACUCUUGCUGACUAUAUAUAAGACUGUAUGAAAAUUGUGAUGCAUAUAAAAAUUAUCUACAGAAACAACUUUCUUAUCAAGAAAAUUCGAUAUAACAGCAGAGAUCUCUCGAUCUUAAAUCUACCAGUGGACAGAGUGAAAUUGGAAGAUUAAUGUGAAAUUAUUACAAGAAAAUUGAUUCUCAUCUCAUGUAUGAAUACUUAUCUCAUAUAUUCAUAGAAUUAACGGAAGAACACGCUAUAAAUAAUGUGAUCAAGAAGAAAAUGUUUUUGGCAUUUGAUUUAUUCAUGAAACUUGUCGAUAAUAAAGGUUUUCCUUAAUUGA